AUGUUUGUCUACAAGAGAGAUGGACGCAAAGAACGCGUCCAAUUCGACAAGAUCACGGCUCGUGUCUCAAGACUGUGCUAUGGCCUUGACCCCGAGCACGUUGAUGCUGCUGCUAUCACCCAGAAGGUCAUUUCUGGUGUCUACCAGGGUGUGAACACAGUUGAACUUGACAACCUGGCCGCUGAGACCGCGGCAUACAUGACUGUUACUCACCCCGACUAUGCCAUCCUCGCUGCCCGUAUUGCUGUUUCCAACCUCCACAAGCAAACCAAGAAACAAUUUUCCCUCGUCAUCUCAGAUCUCUAUCAUUAUGUGAAUCCGAAAAAUAAGGUACCAGCGCCUAUGAUAUCACAAGAAACGUACGAAACUAUAAUGAAACAUGCCGACGAGCUCAAUUCUGCCAUCGUAUACGACCGUGACUUCAACUAUAACUUCUUCGGUUUCAAGACUCUUGAACGAUCAUAUCUGCUGCGGCUCGAUGGAAAGGUUGCCGAACGUCCUCAGCACUUGCUGAUGCGUGUUGCUGUUGGUAUUCACGGCAACGACAUUGAGAGGGCUAUUGAGACCUACAACUUGAUGUCCCAGAAGUACUUUACACAUGCUUCCCCGACUCUGUUCAACGCUGGCACUCCCCAGCCUCAGCUGGCUUCCUGCUUCUUGGUUGAUAUGAAGGAGGACAGCAUUGACGGUAUUUACGACACACUGAAGACAUGUGCCAUGAUCUCUAAGACUGCUGGUGGUAUCGGUCUGAACGUUCACCGCAUUCGGGCCACAGGCUCAUACAUUGGUGGUACCAAUGGAUCGUCUAACGGCAUCGUUCCCAUGCUCCGUGUGUUUAACAACACAGCUAGAUACGUUGACCAGGGUGGAAACAAGCGUCCUGGUGCUUUCGCUAUCUACCUGGAGCCAUGGCACGCCGAUGUCUUUGAGUUCUUGGACCUUCGCAAGAACCACGGAAAGGAGGAAGUGAGAGCUCGUGAUCUGUUCUACGCCCUUUGGACCCCCGAUCUGUUCAUGAAGCGUGUUGAGGAAAAUGGUGACUGGACCCUUUUCUGCCCCAACGAGGCUCCUGGCCUCGCAGAUGUCUACGGAGAGGAGUUUGAAGCUCUUUACGAGCAGUAUGAAAAGGAGGGCCGUGGUCGCCGAACCAUUAAGGCUCAGAAGCUCUGGUACGCCGUCUUGGAGUCGCAGACCGAGACCGGCAACCCCUUCAUGCUCUACAAGGAUGCCUGCAACAAGAAGAGCAACCAGAAGAACCUGGGAACCAUCCGCAGCUCCAACCUUUGCACUGAGAUCAUUGAGUACAGUGCUCCUGAUGAGGUUGCUGUUUGUAACUUGGCUUCUCUUGCCCUCCCUACCUUUGUCGAUGCUGCCCGUGGCGAAUAUGACUUUGGCAAGCUGCACGAAGUCGUCCAGGUCUUGGUUCGCAACCUGAACAAGAUCAUCGACAUCAACUACUACCCAGUCCCUGAGGCCAAGAAGAGUAACUUCCGUCACCGUCCAAUUGCUCUUGGUGUCAACGGUCUGGCUGAUGCAUUCCUUGCCCUGCGUCUGCCCUUUGACUCGGCUGAAGCCAAGCAGUUGAACAUCCAGAUCUUCGAGACUAUCUACCACGGUGCUCUCACAGCCUCUUCCGACCUGGCCAAGGAGAAUGGAACAUAUGAGACUUACGAAGGCUCGCCUGUCUCCCAGGGUAUCCUACAGUACGACAUGUGGGACCGCACACCCACUGAUCUUUGGGACUGGGAUUCCCUCAAGGGCAAGAUUGCGCAGAAUGGUGUUCGCAACAGUCUUUUGGUUGCUCCGAUGCCCACUGCCAGUACUAGUCAGAUCCUGGGUUUUAACGAGUGCUUCGAGCCUUACACCUCGAACAUUUACUCUCGCCGUGUUCUUGCGGGUGAGUUCCAGGUUGUCAACCCUUGGUUGCUCAAGGAUCUUGUCGACCUUGGUCUCUGGUCCGACAACAUGAAGAACCGUAUCAUUGCCGAUGGCGGUUCCGUGCAGAACGUCCCCAACAUCCCUGAUGACAUCAAGUCCCUCUACAAGACCGUGUGGGAGAUUUCCCAGCGCCGAAUUCUGGAGAUGGCCGCCGACCGUGGUGCGUACAUUGAUCAGUCCCAGUCUCUCAACAUCCACUUGAAGGAGCCCACCAUGGGCAAGAUCACUAGCAUGCACUUUGCUGGCUGGAAGAUGGGUCUGAAGACCGGCAUGUACUACCUCCGUACGAUGGCUGCCUCUGCUCCUAUCCAGUUCACUGUCGACCAGGAGCAGCUGAAGGUUGAGGACAAGAAUGUCGCUCGCAGUAGCAAGAAGAGGGUCGGUGGAGCUGCGGCAGCGACUACCUACUCCGCGGUGCCCCGUGACCCCGCCGCGCAGGUGAAUGGACACAGCGAGGAACCCACCAACGGCGUGCCUCUAGAGGCCGAGACUAACGGUGAGGCGGAAAAUUCUGAAGAGGAAAAGAAGGAGGAGGAUGGCGAGCCCACUGAGGCAGACAUCUACUCGCAACAAGUUCUUCAAUGCAGCAUUGAGAACAAGGAGGCUUGCAUUAUGUGCCAGGGCUGA